UCAAGGCACGCAAGGCACUGCCGUGGUGGGCCGUCUGACGACGUCGUCUUGCCAUCCUGCCCUUCCUUCCAUCCUUCUAAAAUGUAUUGCGGCAGUGGUGCCAGCGCGCCGCACAAGACGCCCACAGGGCAACGGCGGGGCGAAUUCCUCUAGCCUCACUUCUCUCACCACCUUGUGAACAAUGCCAUGUUUGACGUGCAGUCAGGCAACGGCCGGAUACGAUACGCCUGGGAUAAUUUCCGGCGUUCUGGUUUCGCACGUUUCUAUCGUGUGGGCUGCCUCUGGGCAUGCCCGCGGUCUGUCUGCCUGCCUGUGUUUCUGUCUGCCAGCAUAUGCUUUCAGCGAUUUACGAAGAGUGGGCUGUUGCUUUUUGUUGUGGCUGAGCUGAGCCGCUUCGCUAUUUCUGGUGCAGAAUUGGGUUUCAAUUGGGUUUGGUUUGCGGAAGUGAGUGGAAGUAGGCAGUGGGCGGUCCAACGCAGUGAUCACCGACUACCGUGUCGGGUUUGGGGUAUAUAAAGGCCCUAUGCUCGGCGCUGGUCUUUGUUGUUUUGAAGCCCCAUUGAGCUGCACUCCUUCGGA